AUGCCUGUUUCACCUGCCGGUAGUGUUGGACAAGUCCAGAGCCCCAUUCGUGGGCGUUUCCCCAAGCGCAGACGCGUGGCGCUAGCUUGUGGGAGUUGCAGAGACCGCAAGGUACGGUGCGAUGGGGCCAGGCCGGUAUGCGGUGCCUGCCAAAGGCGAGGCAAUACCCCACAGCAGUGUGAGUAUCUCGUCAUUGCAGAUACUGCCAAGUAUCAAACUGAGCGAGCAUAUAUCCAAUCACUACGUGGUUACAUUGCCAAUCUUGAAGGCUCGAUAUACCAGCAAGAACCCGGCUCCUCAGCGUUGACACAAACAAGCAGCAACCUCAAUGAAACGGGUAGUCCGAUGCAGACUAUGCCUAUCAUGGAGAGGGAACCAGCGUCAGGUUCUAUAGGAGAUCAGAGUAGCGCUUCUAGACAUCAGGAGACAUGUGAGCACCAUGAAUCACCCACAUCAAAUCCCCUGCCAGACUCUAUCAGCGCCAUGGGAGCUAGAUUGACCGAUACCAAUGACACCGACAUGCGCGACCAGUAUUAUGGUCAAUCCUCCAUUAUUUCACUCGUCCAAGAAUGCGCUCAGACACCACCCGGGCAGCUGUCCCAACCCUCCCAAUCUCGGUCCGCGCAUCCAGUCACCUCGUCCACUUCGUCAACUACAUCAUAUAAUGUGUCGUGUGAUGAAGGGGGGAUUUUAUCCUUGCUUUCGGAUGACUUCUCUCUUCCACCUCGGAAAACAGCAGACUGGCUGCUGGACAUAUACUUCACUAACUCACAUUUGUUUUAUCCUUGGGUGCAUAAGGAAAGCUUUCUCUCCUCAUACAAUCUCAUGUGGUCCAACCGGGACAGUUGCGAGCUGAGUGAGCUUCCUGAAGUUGGUAUUGGAGGAAACAACUGCCCCAUACCGGUAUUCUUUUGUGGUCUGAAUGCUAUGUUUGCCAUAGCAUGUGAAUUCUCCAGCAUGCCUUCAAAGGAAAAAAGAACAUCGUCGAUGAUGUUUUAUGAACGGAUGAAAAGUCUCAUCAACAUAGAUAUCCUUGACAGUGGGAGUCUGGCACACAUCCAGGCCCUAUUACUCGUUGCGAUAUACUUACAAUGCACGCCAUACCCCAGGAGAUGCUGGAAUAUUGUCGGGAUGGCAUAUCGAAUGUCUGUUGGGUUGGGCUUACAUUUGCGUCGUCAUUCGAGCGAGUUGAGUGGCAUUGAAAAGGAAAUGAGAUGGCGCACGUGGUGCGCCUGUGUACAGAUGGACAUGUAUGGACCUGAAGUUCCUUCUCUUUCUCAAUUCUCAACUCACCUUGCCUAUAGCAUCGUCAGCAUGACCAUGGGUCGCCCAGCAAUGACGCUUACGUCUUCCAAUGUCCCAUUACCAUCACCUACGGAUGACGAGUAUCUGGCAGUGGAAGGCCACCAACCGGCUGGAACAGUUUCCUCCAACCAAUUUCUCUACGAAAAUAUGAAACUUAUCGGAAUCCUAGGGGAUAUCUUAUCUAAAGUUUAUCAUAGCACAGCGCCUGGGCCAGAGGCCGAGUCACCCCGUCCACCUGCAGACUUCCAGGCUGUGAUUGAUAUUGACGGUGCAUUGGACGAAUUUGAGGCGUCUCUCCAUCCGGUACUUCAUUGGGACCCAUCAAAGGCUUUGAGCCAUGAUAUGAAUCCAUUAUUCAGAAGACAAGCAAAUGUUCUCCAUGCUAGCGAACAUUGCUCAUCACUAAAGGGGAUGAACGGUGGAAAUGGAGAGCAACAGGCUGACCUACGGUCCUCAGCUCGCUCCUGGACCGCCUUGUAUCGCGGGAACUGUGUUGUGAGGUGCGUGCAAUCUGCGUGUGAUCUAGUCGAGUCGCUAGCUUGGGCGACAAAGCAGGAUGCAACAGGCGCUUGGUGGUACGGUGUAUUCUAUUUAAUAAGUGCCGGUAUUAUUCUUGUUUCGGCUGAUUUGAGUGGGAUUUCAUUCGAUACUCUCGAAAAAAAUCAGCGAGAAAGGGCGUGGGAUCAGUGUCUAGAUACGCUUCAUCGGAUGGUCGAUGUGCACCCUUCGGCCAGGGACUACGCAAUUGCCCUAGAUGGGCUCAAGCAACGCCAUUCAUUUUCAGUAUCGCAAAGGACAGAUAGUACCCAGCCGCAGGCACAGGGAAUCUCACCUGAGGGUAGCUUGCAAGAUCGUGGCCUAAAUGUCACUCCAGACAAUGAACGCCGGUCUCCGAACGCCGACAAUAAUAAGAACACUUCUUACAGCGCACUCGGCCCAUUUUUUUCUAACUGGGAGAGUGGGCUUGAGGAUAUUAUGCUGCCGGCCCAUGUGUUACAGGAUAUAGAUGAAGGGCUGUUACUGCCCAAUCUUUUCUGA